GCCAUAUUAUCAACAUGUACCUUAUAAAAAGUAUUGGGCUGGAUACGAAAGUAUAAUGAAAUCUUAUGAUGGACGACCUCAUUGGGCAAAGGCACAUACAAUGUUCAAACAUGAACUUGAAAAAGCAUAUCCAAAAUUUCAAGAUUUUAUAAAACUUCAAAAACAGUUAGAUCCUACUGGAUUAUUUCUAAAUCCUUAUUUAAAGAGACAUUUCUUUGGAGAGAACGUUGAUUUAAAAAGUCUUCAAUCGAGACUGUGA